CGGGAAAUUGCUAUAUUAACUCGCCCCAGGGGAUCAGAGUCCUCUGCUCCAAUCACUCCAAGCCUCUCCCUCCUUUAAUUUUCUUCCUCACAGAAACCAUAAUGGCGAUUUUCUCCAGGGUUUAUCUUGUUCUUUUUCUAUUCAAUCUCCUCUCAUUGGGGACGAUAUUUGUUUCAGCAACUCAGUUUACGCUCCAAAACCAUUGCAGUUUCACUGUGUGGCCCGGUUCUCUCUCUGGAAACAGCGCUGCCCUUGGUGACGGCGGUUUCGCAUUGCCACCUGGUUCGUCAGCCCAAUAUCAGGCUCCACCCGGUUGGUCUGGUCGCUUCUGGGGUCGAACAGGCUGCACAUUCGACAACUCUGGCUCUGGCAAAUGCAUAACCGGUGACUGCGAUGGCGUGCUGAAGUGCACCGGCGGUGGUGCGCCACCCGUCACCUUGGUGGAGUUCACCAUAGCCGGAGAAUCUAGUGAUAAGGACUUUUACGAUGUUAGCCUCGUGGAUGGCUACAACGUUGCCUUAGGAGUCAAGGCAGUUGGUGGCACAGGGGAUUGCCAGUAUGCGGGCUGCGUCACGGAUCUCAACACAAACUGCCCGACUGAGUUGCGGGUCAUGGACUCGGGUUCCAUUGUCGCUUGUAAAAGCGCCUGCGCUGCGUUCAACUCGCCUGAGUUUUGUUGCACCGGCGAUCACGCUACUCCCCAGACCUGCUCACCAACGCAGUACUCGGAGAUGUUCAAGAACGCAUGCCCCACGGCUUAUAGCUAUGCAUACGAUGAUGCCUCUAGCACCCGCACUUGCUCCGGCUCGGAUUACUUGAUCACAUUCUGUCCAACCGAGUCAUGAACAUGAUCUUGAUUCAUGUCUGAACCCAUAUUAAUUUGGUAUUCAUUACUUUAUUGGGAAAAUUUGAUGCGUGGGAUUGUGGGUAUUUUAUUGAUUUGGAUUGCUAUUAUAAGUUGCAAUAUUGAAACCAAAUUGUUUGCUUCAUCUGCCUACAAAUAGAUGAAUUAAGUAUGGUGUUUUUAGUUA